ACUCUGGCGGAACGGAGGAUGCUUUUGCGUCGGUUCGGCUGUUCCCUCCAUUUUUGCUUGUCUUGUUGGUGUUUGCGUGGUGUCACUCACUCGCUUGCCGUGUCUUGUCAGUAUAAAUAUUAUGCUGCUGUGUCCCUGAAUUGUACACUCUGUAAAUCUCUCUCUCUGUCAGUAUAAAUAUUAUGCUGCCCUGUCCCUGAUUUAUAUACUCUCUCUCUCUCACUCUCCUUUUCUAUCUCUCUCUCCUCUUUCUUUCUUCCCCACCUCAGCUCCUAACCCCCCACCUACCUCUCUGCCUGCUGUCCUGCCCCUGAUCCCGAUUUCCCCAAUUGAGGCCGUGGGGAGGCACCUGCGCUGCAGCUGGAAACCGUGUCUCCCGUCCUGCCCAGAUCCGGCGCCUCCAAAUUCGCCACUUCUCGCGGCAGGGGCUCGUCCGCGCCGGCAAAGCAGAGAUCUUUUUUGGGAGGAAGCAGAGUAGAGUGCUUGCUCGUUCUUGGUUGCUGUUGCCGAGAGUGCUUGCUCGUUCUUGGUUGCUUACGCGCGUGCGUGGGGUACGUGUACGUGCCAUGAGAACAUGAUGCGCGCCAAGGCCAGAGGUACAUUCCCGGCCGCGAUGAGGGAGACCUCGCCUCCUCCUCCUCCUCCGGCUUCGGCGGCGGCGGCGGUGAAGGAGGAAGAGUGGGAGGUGCGACCCGGCGGCAUGCUGGUGCAGAAGCGGAGCCCGGACUCCGACGCCCCCGCCGCGCCCGUCCCCACCAUCCGCGUCAAGGUCAAGUUCAACGGUGUCUACCACGAGAUCUACAUCAACUCGCAGGCCUCCUUCGGUGAGCUGAAGAAGGUGCUGUCGGAGCGGACGGGGCUGCACCCGGAGGACCAGAAGCUGGUGUACAAGGACAAGGAGCGGGACUCCAAGGCGUUCUUGGACAUGGCCGGCGUCAGGGACCGCUCCAGGAUGGUGCUGCUGGAGGACCCCGCGGCGCAGGCCAAACGCCUCCUCGAGCAGCGCCGCACCGACAAGGCGGAGCGCGCCGCCAAGUCCAUCUCCCGCAUCAGCCUCGACGUCGACAAGCUCGCCACCAAGGUGUCGGCGCUGGAGACCAUCGUGGGCAAGGGCGGGAAGGUGGUGGACGCCGACGUGGUGACCCUCACCGAGGCGCUGAUGAACGAUCUAGUCAAGCUGGACUCCAUCGCCGCUGAGGGCGAGGUCAAGGUGCAGCGGCGAAUGCAGGAGAAGCGGGUGCAGAAGUACGUGGAGACGCUGGACGCCAUCCGCGCCAAGAACUCGGCGGCGUCCAAGGCCAACGGCAACGGCAACGUGAACGGCCACGCCAAGGCCCGGGCGCCGCACCUCCCGCCGCGCCCACCGCCCGUGUCGCAGCGGCGGAACUUCCAGCAGCCCGCGCCGGCGGCCGCGCCGCCCACGCAGAGCUGGGAGACGUUCGACCUGCUUUCGUCGGUGCCGUCCACGUCCUCGGCCACCGUGACCACCAUGGCGGCUGCGACCACCACCUCGCCGGCCGCCGCCGCGGCCACAUCCCCGAUCCCGCGGUUCGACUGGGAGCUCUUCUAAAGCGCGUGCCGGUUGAUCGAUCAGACGGUACCUGUCUUGUCCAUAGAUCUUCUCUGCUCUGAUCAUUAGUGACGAAAUUGCUUCUUCCUUCUGUCGAUUCUUUCCAUUUCUUUUUUCUCCUCCUUUCUUUCGAUUUGUAUAUCUAUAUCUACAAAAGAACAGAGACCCCGGUGAGUGAGUUCAGUCAGUAAGCCAAGUCAGUCAGUUUACUCCUCCUCACGAGGACCCAUCCAUGCAUGUUCAGUCACAGGAAAUAAGUGGUGGUCUUAUGACGAAGAAGAAUUUUUCAUGACAAUAUACACACAUAUAAAUAGCAUGUAUAUUUGCUUCA